UCGGCGGCACGAGCAGGCCAAAUUCGACGCCGCCGCCGCCGAAAUGUUGCUGUCGCCGAUCGCUCGCUCCUUGCUUGCGCUUGCUGUGCUGCUUGCUGCUGCCGACGCACAGACCAACUGUAAAACUGUGCUAUUUGGCGUCGCAACUAAUAUUCCAAUAAACUUCACGCCAGCAGAAUAUCAGGCUGGCGGCGCACGACUCUAUAUGGACAAUGAAUGUCAAAAACAGCAACGAAGAAUGUUAGCGGGCGAGCUGGUUACGGCGUGCGAUUAUAGCCAGUACGGCGUCGCGCCGGACAUCAGUGAAGUGUACCCUCCCCAGUUCUCGCCCGUCGACGUGAGGUGCCCCGACGGCUGCCCCGGCGGUGGUGUUACGAAAAUUGUGCAAUAUUGUUAUUGAUCAGUUAAUCUUUGAUUAAACAUCAGUAACAAAAUGUCUCUUUUUUAUAUUUUUAACCAUACAGAAUUUCUACUGUUUUAAUUCCCUCCCCUUUGCUUUAUUUUGACAAGAUUCUGUUGGAAAAUGCAAAGUUAUUUUUUUUUUAUUAACUGUUUUUGUUUUAAUUUUUUCUUGGCAAAGACUGUUUGUUAGUUAUUGAGACAUGACACUCUUAAAAAAUUUAUGUUUUGGCUAUAUUUAUAAACAUAUUAUAUAUUUGCGUAGGCAAAACCAUUUGAAAUAAAUGUUUUUUUUAUUAAUGAAGUAAAAUUGGCUAUAUUUUAA